AGCGUAUCGAGAAGUAAUAGUUUUUAAAAUAAAUAUUUGCACUUCACGUUUUUUCACCUUCGAGCUACAAAUAUCUCGACAGAACGAAAUGAUUUCAAUGAAUCAAGAUCACCCGCCACAGAGACGAUAACGUCUAUUAAAUUGUCUACUGAACGUUCGCAACGUUCCUGUGACGUCUAACGAACAUUUGACGAAGUGACCGAGGACGCUCUUACUCUAGAAGAGACAACUGGCAAUGGAUUCCCACGUAGGUCUCGACUACAUCGUGGAUAAUCCUGAUUAUUGCAUCAAGCUCGCCUCAGCUUUGGAAACGGCAUGUUCGUCCGUAAAGAAGCAAGUCGUGGAAUUGCUGUCGGCGCUCUGCGUUUACAGUCAGGACGGCAGGCAGAGGGCCAUCGAUACUCUUCACAUAUAUCAGGAACGGAAGGGCGAGCGGUAUCGAUUGCGGGUUGUGGUCGACGAGCUGCAAAAAGCGACGGCCGAGGAUUACCAGACGGCACUGUUAGCGUUCAUAAAUUGUCUGGUCAUCUCGACGCCGGUGCUCAAGGAUCGCAUACGUAUUCGCAACGAGUUUAUCGGUCUCAAGCUUCUGCCAAUUUUGAACGAGCUGCGAAAGAGUCACGCGCCGGAUGUAAGGGUGCAGCUGGACGCGUUCGACGAUCAACGAGAGACCGACGAGGAGCUCGCCAAUCACGGACCGCCCGGGAUCGAUCUCUCUUCUCACGUGGACGUCUUUUACGCCAUUCUCGGUCAAGUCGCAGACACUCCGCAGGAGAUACCCUUUCUGAGUAUCCUGCAGCAUCUGUUGCGUUUGGAUCCGAAAGACGCCGCGAGUGAUCUAGCAUGGGACACAGCGGAGACUCUGGUACAUCGCGCCACGUUGCUGGAGAAUCGUGAGGACGCCACCAAGUUGCUGAGAUCGCCUAGUCUUCAAACAAAUCUAUGCUGUCACUGCCGUGGCGCCGAUCAAACGUGCGGCACGUCGCGAAAAGCGUCGCUGGCGACGAGCAACAAUUCAACGGCGCCACCCUUACCGCCUCCGCCACCACCGCCGAUACCACCGUCGGCACCCCCGAAUCCGCCAACCUCGCCUAACGGCGGUGGAUUUAUCUUACCGCCUCCGCCUCCGCCUCCGUUCUUUUCCAACGUCGUGAACGCCGAUGCACCGAUGGAGCCUCCGAUGCCACCACCUCUGCGUGUACCUCCGGUCGCACGCAUGCCCACCCCUGAACCACCGAGCAAUCACGCCAGGCUGUUACCGCAACAGGAGAUUCCUACACCAAGAACGAAAAUGAAGACCAUCAACUGGAACAAAAUUCCUAACCAUAAAGUAAUUGGUAAACGAAACAUUUGGUCCCUCGUGGCAAACGAGCAUCAGAAUUCUCCAAUGGCGGACUUGGAUUGGGCCGAGAUGGAAGGUCUGUUCUGUCAACAAGCGCCGCCAAUGGCACCGCCGGCGAAUUGUUCUUCCUCGUACGGUAUUGGAACCGACGUCGAGCGACGCCGUCGAGAACCGACAGAGAUUGCAUUACUCGACGGAAAAAGAAGUCUAAAUGUCAAUAUCUUUCUUAAACAAUUUCGAAGUUCGAACGAGGAUAUAAUUCAACUAAUCAAGGACGGCUGCCACGACGAUAUCGGCGCGGAGAAACUCCGUGGUCUUUUGAAAAUACUUCCGGAAGUGGACGAGCUCGAGAUGUUGAAGAGCUUUGACGGAGACAAGUCGAAGCUCGGUAACGCCGAGAAGUUCUUUCUGCAUCUCGUUCAAGUGCCAAAUUACAAGUUGCGCAUCGAGUGCAUGCUGUUGAAGGAAGAAUUUGCCGCGAACAUGAGCUACUUGGAACCGAGUAUCAAUUCGAUGAUACUCGCCGGCGAGGAUCUCAUGACGAACAAACCUCUGCAAGAAGUGCUGUACAUGGUCCUGGUCGCAGGAAACUUUCUCAAUUCUGGCGGUUAUGCUGGUAAUGCGGCGGGUGUAAAACUUUCCUCGUUACAAAAGCUGACGGAAAUUCGCGCGAACAAGCCGGGAAUGAAUCUGAUACAUUACGUGGCAUUGCAAGCCGAGAGAAAACGAAAGGAUUUGUUGAAUUUUGCGAAGAACAUGUCUGCCCUAGAAGCGGCAACGAAAACAACAACCGAACAACUGACCAACGAGUUUAAUAGUCUGGACACAAAGAUCAAAAAGAUCAAGAGUCAGAUUCAGCUGUCCUCGACCGAAGAUGAUAUACAGGAUCAGAUGGCGCAGUUUCUCCAGAUGGCCGAGCAAGAAAUGGCGCAGUUGAAGCGUGACAUGGAGGAAUUGGAAGGAGUUAGACGAUCGCUCGCGGAAUUCUUUUGCGAGGACACGAACACGUUCAAGAUCGAAGAGUGCUUCAAGAUAUUUCAUCAGUUUUGUCAGAAGUUCAACCAGGCGGUCGCGGAGAACGAGAGACGGCGCAUUCAGGAGGAACAAGUUCUGGCGCGUCGGAAGCAGCGCGAGGAACAGUUGCUGGCGAGAAAACGAUUGCUGAGCAAUCAAGCGGAAACACCGGGUUCGGAAUCGGAAUCCAACUUGAUGGAUUACGGACUCUUCGAUCUUCACACCGGUUUAUCGCAGAGGAGUUGUAGUCGCGGUGAGAUCAAUCCCAAGAUGAGAAGAUUGCAGAACGGCGGCGUCACGUCCGACGAGGACGUGUCCGUCAUCGGUUCGCCCAGCAUCCGACGUCGUUUGGGAUCGUGCUCCGGUGGACCCGAUCAAUCUGCCAAAGAAGACACAUACUCGCCCGAUAUCACACCAAAUGGUACACUUCGUCGGCGCAGAAACAGAUUGCCCUGCGAGGACGACGAUGGGAAUCUAAUGGACUUUUUGCGAACGUCCGGUCAAGAUAACACGCGGGAGAGAAAAUCGUGGGGAAGCUUAGAUCGAUCAUGGGCGCGAAGAGCUCGCGGUCAGUCGCGAAGAGGAGAUCUUUUGAACGCCGAUUUUUCCGGAGACAGGGAACGACCGAGCUCGCCGUCUCCUCUAGCAGAGAGCAAACCGUUUUUGCAAGAGGAAGAAACCAAAUCAACCGGAAAAGCGUGGCGGCAGAACAUCGAAGCGUGGUUGUCGGAAAACGAAAAAGAGAACAACACGAGCGAGCAGCUUCAGAGAAAAGCGCAACAACUCAAGCAUCAAGCAAAUCGAAGGUCCUUUGAAGAUUCGGAAAGUGAAGGCAAAAGCUGCACGAUGAAUACCUUGACGGAAGAUCGUUCCGCGCGCGAAGGAUUUUCCGAGGUUUACGAUUGGCGACCGUCCGUCGAAAAAACGGAUGUGAUGCGCACAAUGGAAGCCAUCGAAGAAGCUCAACCGCUCUCGUCGCAGGAUAAAUCUCCUUGGCGAAAGUCGAGUUUAAACGUAUCGAAUAGCACAGAAGAGACUGAUCCGCGUUAUAUACGUAGACUUAGAUCGAGACACAGCUCGGAGAACGUUCUUGCUUCGAGUCCGCUACAGGCGAUCAGAGAAGAAGACAGAAAGAAGAGCAAGAUCAGCGACGCGUUAAGUUCGAGCACCCAGCAAGAUGAGUUAACGAUCUAUCUUCGACAACCUUACGCGGGUGCGCAACCGCCUGCGAAUCGACGUUUUUCCAAACUCAGCAAAAAGACCACGGACGAGGAAAGAAUCAGCGACAAAAUUGAAAUCGAUUCGGACAAUAUAGAAACGCCGCCGGCAACCAGACGAUUGUUCAGCCCGCCGAGGGAUGUGAAACCCGUCGAGAAAGAACCGUGCAAGAGAGAACGUUGCAGCAGCUCUCUUCAGAAUCGAGAUACGAAAACUGCGAUCUUAAAACCGAUCGCUUCCAGUGUUGUUGAUUUUGGCGCAGGUAACUUCGACAGAUUCUCGGCUACGCGGCGUACUCGCAGAUACAAGAAGACCCAGGACGCCGACAAAGGCGAUAAAGAAAAAUCCGACGCUUCGAGUCCCGAGUUGGUCUACGACGAGAAACCGGCGCAACGUCCGAGCACUUUGAUUCUGAACAACAACAACGAGGAUUCAAGAACUAACGUUCACGUGCAAGAUGACGAGGACGCGAUGCUGCGGGUCUGGCAGGACAAGCUGAAACGACGUGACACCAGUUCCUCGUCGAUGUUGUCGCGCGACAUCGACGCCGCGCUCGCCGAGAUCGCUCGUUCCGGCGAGGAUCUUCAACGUCUCCUGCAUCAGACGUCUCCCGUCUCGGGCGCAACGAACGCAGCAGCAUCUCAGCAGCACAGAACCUCGCGGCUUCCGGUGGUCAGCCAACCGCCACCGGUGAUCGCGGUGACCAACACCGUUCUGAGUCCGGUUAUGCAGGAAUCUCGACCGCGCGAACCCGUCACCGUGUUCACCGAGCGCGCGGUAACCAGUCGCGAACAAUCGCGAAGCAUGAUCGAUCCGAGUCAAGUGAAAGAACUGAUCCGAGUGACCAGCAAUCCGCCGAGUCAGGUGAAUCAGGUGACGGACCGAAAGGAUCAUCCAACGAACAACGCGCCCGUCACGAAUAUUGUCGAGAACGAUAAGUUCGCGAAUCCGAAUCGCGUCGACGGCGCGAAGAAGAACGACGCGAAGAAGAAGAUCGCGCGCGUCCGAUCGACGGACGAAACCGAUCAGUCGGUUGUCGCGCGACAAAACUCGUUGAUGUUUCGCAGCAACAGAUACAUCCCGGACAUAAACGUAACUCCGUCGUCGCCGUCGUUUGGAAAAGUCCGGGAUCAGGAGUUGAACGACGAGGGUUUCGAAGAAACUCAGAGCCUCGUGUCGGAAACUCUGAGUCAGGAAACGUCCUCGGGCAAUUACGAGACGGAUACGCACGACUCGUCGACGCGAUGCUCGCCGGCUGAGCUUACAACAGGCGUUUACAGCAACGGCGCGGGGUUGCGGCAUCAUCGGCGAAACAUCGUCGGCGCGACGAUGGACGACGACGACGACGACGAUCUGAACAACGAUCGUCGACGAUCGUCCGUUGUUGACAGGCUCAAGUCGUCGAGCGGCAAAGUGUUCGAGAAGAAGGAAACGACGAGGAACAACAACGCGCCGGAAAAAUCGAGUUUUUUGCCGAAACGCAGCGCGAGCGUGAAGCGAGAAACCGCGGCGAAGAAAACGGAAUUGAAGAGGCCGACGAGCGUAGUAGGUUCGAGCAAUUCGGCAAUUGCGUUGAGGAGCGAGGUGCAACGUUCGGGUUCCAGAAGCAGUCUUCGUAGCUCGCGCAGCUCGUUGAACAGCGCGACGUCCGUGAACACGGUGCGAAAUCUGGCUACUAAUCACGCGCACCUGCGUAGUUACACUUCGGCCAUUCGCGCGCUCACUAAAGAUUUGAGAAAGAGCGGCAGUCCGUUGCCGCCGAAAGACGCGACGAUCGACAAGAGACGGCCGAAUCCACGCCAAGCUUCCGUUAGCAGAAUACCCGCAAGCAGAAGCAGCAGCAGUGGAAGUAGCGUCGGACCGGGAGCGGCGAGGAGCGUCCGAAAGAUAACGGAGACGCAUGACGUGCCAAAGACCACAAGAGGCCGACCGAUCGCUUCGCGCAGCAGCAGCAGCGGCAGCAGUAUCGGUCAGCAAUCGAUCUUAGGAAAUCGAGCAACAUCCGGCGACAGCAAGACGUCCGCCGUCACGAAGAGCAGACUGAUACAACCGCGAGCCGGGACGAAGAGUCACAGUUUCAUGAGACCCACAGCCGCUAGCGCCAACAAGGGUUCCAUACCGAAUCUUCCGAAGAACAUCAAAGCGAUGGUAAAGUGAGAUACUCUUCUCCUUGGUUCAAUUGUAUCGCAUUGUCUGUAAAAAUUCGCGCGGCGUCGAAAAUGACUCUGUUUAGUUUAACGAUUGUUAGAAAUAAAACUAAUCGACGUGAAACGUCACGUAAAAUCAGCGGCAUCUAAUGCGGCAAAAACAUUAGCAGGCUGAUAUAUCGCUAAUCAAAGAUAAAAAUUAAAAAA